ACAUGUGGAAAGUUGAACAUGAUUUAUCUAUUGACAAAUUCCUGCUUCAAGAAAACGGAACUAGUCGGUUGCUAGUAAUCUAUAUUGAUCCAUUUAAUGGACUUAUUGUUGAUACCAAUAUACCGGUACAACAAGUAGAAGAACUGUGUUAUUUUAUUAAAAUUGAUUCUGAAAUUAUCACGCCAGACAAUUUUCAGCAUUGUAUACAGUAUGGUACUGUACAUACUGGUUAUAUUGAGAGUUUACUAAGACUCAUGCAUGGUAUUUACACACCAAUAUUUAUUGAAAACAAGUCAUGGCCUGACAGUAUUAAGAAUGAUUUUUCUGCACAGUUACAUCGGUUUAUGGCUAGCUUAACAGAUACACAUUAUAAGAUGAAGGGACACACUGUCUUGUACAUUCCAAAUGAAGGUUUGAAUAUUCCUCCUGAAAGAGCUGCUAAAGAUAAAGAACUUGUACAAAGACUUGAAACUGCUAUGGUUCACUGGACAAGACAAAUUAAAGAAGUAUUAGCCAACCAAGAUGCUUUUGAAACAGCUGAAAACUCCGGACCAUUGGAAGAGAUUGAAUUCUGGAGGUCAAGGUGUGAAGAUUUAUCUGGUAUCAGUUCACAGUUAGAAAAGGAAGGAAUCAAGAAAAUUGAGAAUAUUCUUGAAGCUGCCAAGUCUUCUUAUGUGAAAUCCUUUAAAAAGCUGGCUAAGCAAAUUCAGGAUGGUUCAGCUCAGGCACAAAGUAAUUUGAAGUUCUUAUCUGUGUUAAAAGAGCCAUGUGAAGAACUGUCACAUGCCAGCCCAAAAGAUAUCCCAGCCAUGCUUCCCAAACUAAUCAACAGUGUCAGAUUUAUCUGGGUCAAUUCUGAACAUUAUAAAAGUAGAGAGCGACUUACUGGUCUUUUUAGAAAGGUUUGUGAGUGUCAAACACACUUUGCAAGAAUGGAAGAUGGUAAUAAGACACCUAUGUCUUGUUUUGCUGGACAGAGAGGACCUGAAAUCACUCGAAGCUUACUUGAAGUUGAGGCUACAUUUGAUAAGAAUUUACAAAUAUUACGAGAUGUCAAACAUACAAUCUUGGAUGUUAAAGCAACAACUUGGCAUGAUGAUUAUAACAGGUUCCGUGCUGGUAUCAAAGAUCUGGAAGUAAUGAUACAAAAUGCAAUCUCAUCUGCUUUUGAUACAGUCAAAACAGUAGAACAUGCUAUUGAGAUUAUAGAUGUAUUUAUACAUUUAUCAUCAAGAGAGGCCAUUAAAAGGGCUAUUGACAAAAGAACAGUAGAAUUAUACGGUUUAUUUAGUGAAGAAUUAAACCUUGUCAAGAAAGAACUGAACAAGAAAAAUGCUGACCUAGGUGCUAUGAUGCCAAAGUAUGCUGGACAGUCACAUUGGGCUCGAGCUCUAAAAAGAAGAAUUGACAGGGUUAAUGAGGUAUUGAACAAGGCUUAUUUCUUACCACAAAUUGGUACUGGAGAUGAAACACGAGACAAUUAUACCAAAUUGGCAGUAGCACUUGAUGAGUUCACUAGGAAGACAUUUAAUGAAUGGACUCAAACUGUAGACAAAAACUCCAUUAAUUUACUGGAUAAACCUUUACUGUGUAAAAGUACUGAACGACAGGCAAUGUUAGAUAUGAAUUUUGACAAGAGUCUAUCCAAGUUAUUUAAUGAGAUUUACUACUGGGAAAAGUUAAUGUUUGAGAUACCACAUUAUGUGACUGAAGUUUAUCAAAAAAGAGAAGAUCUGAGGACACUUCGAGAGAAUGUUUUGCUAGUGGUUAGAGACUAUAAUAGAAUUAUUGGUGCAUUGUCAAUAGAAGAGAGAGGAUUGUUCCGAGAGAGAAUACGAUUUCUUGAUAAGAAGAUACACCCUGGCUUAACUAAACUCACAUGGGCUUCAAAGGGCAUAUCAGACUUCUUUAUUGGAGAAUGUAGACUACAUGCAAGCAAGAUACAAUCUAUCGUUGAUGAUUACAAGACAGCUAACUUAACAAUAUCAAGAAACUGCAAACGAAUAAGUGAAAUGUUGCUUAUAAAGAUAGAUGGAAAACGAGUUUAUGACAAUUUAGAAUUUGAAGAGGAACAACAGAGACAUCGCAACAACACACAGAAGAGGUUAGCGGUUAUACAUGAUGAGAUUGUUAGUACCAUGAGACAUACCUAUGAAGUAUUUAGAACUGAUGGACAAGAAGUAAGUACACAAUGGUUCAGAUAUACAGAGAAAAUGGAUCGAAUGGUAGAAGAAGCUUUUAGAUUGAAUGUGAAAUGGUCAUUACAAGAAUUAUCAAGAGCAAUAAAUGGUGAUGGUAAAACAUCGCCAAAUCCACUAUAUAGAGUAAAAGUGGUGUUAGAAGGAGACAAGGUUGAAUUUUCUCCCACAUUGAAAAAGUUAGCUAGCAUUGUUAACAACACAAGUAGCCACCUAACCAUAGCAAUCUCAGCAGUUGCCAGACUUCCAGACUUAUUGACAAGAAGAAGAUCUAAUAAAGAGCCCAUCUAUGUUGUAAUUGAAAAAGACGACGAGACCAAAAAGAUCCAGAAUACUGUGAAUGCUGGUAUGCAGUCAAAUGCAACACAUUUACAAAAUUAUCUCACUACAUGGGACAGUUAUCGUGAGAUCUGGGAGAUUCAAAAAGAUGCAUUUAUUAGACGAUACCAGAGACUUAAUCCACCAGUGUCUUCAUUUGAUGCUGAUAUUGCAAGAUAUACUGAAGUUGCUAACAAUGUUUCAAAAGAAGAAACUGUUUUAAAUAUACAGUUUGUGUUGCUUGACUGUUCACCAUUGAAAUUCUCCUUACUUAGCCAUUGCAAUGAGUGGCAGAGUAAAUUCACAACACUUUUAAGGGAGAUGGCCACACAGAAACUAACAGAACUUCACGAGUUUCUUAAAGACAAUGCUGAAAAACUGAGUAAACCUCCACAGACCCUGGAUGAACUUGGCGAUAGUCUACAACUAUUGGAAAAAUUACAGACAGACUUGAGUACUAUUGAAGCUAGAUUUCCACCACUGCAUGAACAGUUUGCCAUUCUUGAAAAAUAUGAUGUUGGUAUACCAGAAGAGACACAAAAGAUGCUUGAUGAGUUGAGUAAUGAAUGGGUUAGCUUCCAGCAAUGCAUUAUUGACAGUGAUGCUAUGCUCAAAAAAUAUAAAGAGAAAUUCAAAAGUGGACUUAUUGCAUCCGCUGAAGAAUUCAAGAAGAAUGUUCACAAUCUUUAUGAAGAUUUCCAUUCAAAUGGUCCAUUCAGUAGUAGUAUCCCAUGUGAUGAUGCAUUAACACAGAUUUCUGAAGUAAGAUCCAAGUUAAUUGAUUUGAAACAACAAGAAGCUACUCUGAAAAGAGGUCUUGGUAUAUUUAAGAUUGAUCAACCUCUAAACAAGGAAGUUAUAGCAUUGGAUAAAGAUUUAGAUUACAUCGAGCAAAUAUGGCAAUUAACCAAAGAAUGGGAAUGUUUGUGGGAAGAAUGGAAAAUUGGUUUAUUCACUAGUCUGGUGACAACUGAUAUGGAAAUGACAGCUCAAGGAUUAUACAAAAAAUUGAACAAACUUAGCAGAGAACUAAAGGAUAGAAAUUGGGAGAUAGUGGAGACAUCCAAAAGCCGCGUAGAUCAAUUCAAGAGGACCAUGCCAUUAAUAACUGACUUACAUAAUAAUGCUAUGAGAGAAAGACAUUGGGUUCAAGUCAAACAGAUAUCCAGUAAAUCAUUUGACCAUACUUCAGAAGAAUUUACCUUGGAAAAGAUUAUUUCACUGGGUUUAGAUCAAUUUGCUGAAGGCAUUGCUGAUAUAUCUGCAUCUGCCACUAAAGAGUUGGCAAUAGAAUUAGCCAUUAAAUCUAUCAAAGAAACAUGGGAUGAAACUACACUGGAUAUUGGACCUUAUAAAGAUAGAGGGCAUUUCAAACUCAAGAGUACAGAUGAUUUAUUUCAAAUUCUUGAAGACAAUCAAGUGCAAUUAUCUACUAUGAAGGCAUCACGUUUUGUCAAAGCUUUUGAACAAGAUGUUGAUCACUGGGAGAGAACACUGUCACACAUCUUGGAAGUUGUAGAAAUGACAUUAACAGUACAGAGACAGUGGAUGUAUUUAGAGAAUAUAUUCUUGGGUGAAGAUAUUCGUAAACAGCUUCCACGUGAAUCCAAUGAGUUUGAUAGUGUUAAUGGUAAUUGGAAAAUAAUCAUGGGACGCCUCAAUAAAGACAAUAAUGCAUUGAGAGGAACUCACUACCCAGGUUUGUUAGAGACAUUGAAUGAAAUGAAUACAAAAUUAGAAGAGAUUCAGAAAUCCCUUGACAUGUACCUUGAAACCAAACGUCAGAUAUUUCCCAGGUUUUAUUUCCUUUCCAAUGAUGAUUUGUUGGAGAUUCUUGGUCAGUCUAGAAAUCCUGAAGCGGUUCAACCACAUCUUAAGAAAUGUUUUGAUAAUAUCAAGACUUUGAAGAUGCAUAAAAUGGGUAUUACACAGAAGUUUGAAGCAUCUGGUAUGUUUUCAGCUGAUGGUGAAUAUGUAGAAUUUGGGCAUCCUGUUUUACUAGAAGGACCUGUUGAGGCCUGGUUGUGUGAUAUUGAAAGAACUAUGAGAUGGACAUUAAAGGAUAUACUGAAGGCAACUAGGGUUGCUCUGAAAAAGAAUUUAAGUAAAAGAGAUAGAUGGGUUAAAGAAUGGCCAGGACAGAUGUUGAUAACAUCAAGUCAAAUGCAAUGGACAGCUGAUUGUACAAAGGCAUUGGCUACUACAAAAGAAAGAGGUGACCAGAAAGCAUUGAAGAGUAUGAAAAGAAAACAGAUUUCAAUGCUGAACAAAUUCUCUGAUGCAAUUCGCGGCAACCUAACCAGGAUGCAGAGAGCCAAGAUUGUUGCCCUGGUUACAAUUGAGGUACAUGCCAGAGAUGUGAUAGAGAAGCUGAUCAAAACCAAAACCAAUGAUGUGACAGCAUUUGAAUGGUUAAUGCAGCUUAGAGUGUACUGGGAUAAAGAUAUUGAUGAUUGUGUUGUCAGACAAACUAAUACACAGUUCCAAUAUGGUUAUGAAUACUUAGGAAAUUCUGGAAGAUUGGUUAUCACACCACUUACUGACAGAUGUUAUAUGACAUUGACGACUGCCUUGCAUUUACAUCGUGGUGGUUCACCUAAAGGACCUGCUGGUACUGGUAAAACAGAAACAGUUAAAGAUUUGGGUAAAGCCCUUGGGAACUAUGUAAUAGUUGUCAACUGUUCUGAGGGCUUGGAUUACAAGUCUAUGGGACGCAUGUUCAGUGGCUUAGCACAGACUGGUGCUUGGGGUUGUUUUGAUGAGUUCAAUCGUAUCAAUAUUGAAGUAUUAUCAGUGGUUGCUCAGCAAAUCUUAUCAAUCUUAUCAGCAUUGGCUGCUGGAUCAUCUAGAUUUGUAUUUGAAGGAAGAGAGAUUAACCUAGUCUGGUCAUGUGGUAUCUUUAUUACUAUGAAUCCUGGCUAUGCUGGACGUACUGAACUUCCUGAUAAUUUGAAAUCCAUGUUUCGUCCAAUUUCAAUGGUUGUACCUGACUCAGGAUAUAUUGCAGAAAUCAUCCUAUUUGGUGAAGGUUUUAGUAAUACUAAGCUUCUUGCCAAGAAAGUACACACCCUGUACUCACUUGCUGUACAACAGCUAUCUAAACAGGAUCAUUAUGACUUUGGUUUACGAGCCCUCACCUCUGUUUUAAGGUAUGCUGGUGUUAAAAAGAGAAUGUUUCCUCAGAUGCCAGAUGAAGAGAUAUUGUUAUUGGCAAUGAAAGACAUGAAUCUGAAAUCACAAGUGGAAAAAGAGCUGAGAGUGCAUGGAUUACAGUUGACACCAUCUACUGUGCUAAAAGUCAUUCAGUUGUAUGAAACUAAGAGUUCACGUCAUUCAACUAUGAUUGUGGGUCAAACAGGUAGUGGUAAAACGGUGGCAUGGAAGACAUUGCAAGCUGCGAUGACAUCAUUAAAAAAAGACAACUUUGAAGAUUAUCAAGCUGUUAAGGAUUUUCCUAUUAAUCCCAAGUCCUUAUCACUGGGUGAACUGUAUGGUGAAUUUGAUUUGAAUACAAAUGAAUGGACUGAUGGUGUGUUAUCCUGUGUAAUGAGACAGACAUGUGCUGAUGAGAAACCUGAUCAGAAAUGGUUGGUAUUUGAUGGUCCAGUUGAUACUCUGUGGAUUGAGAGCAUGAACUCUGUUAUGGAUGAUAAUAAAGUUUUAACAUUGAUUAAUGGUGAACGUAUUGCUAUGCCAGAACAGGUAUCUUUAUUGUUUGAAGUGGAAGAUUUAGCUGUAGCUUCUCCUGCUACUGUCAGUCGAUGUGGAAUGGUGUAUACUGACUAUGCUGAUUUAAGAUGGCAGCCAUUUGUUAAUUCAUGGCUUGAACAAAGAAAGGAUAAGGCUUCUGCUGAGAUUUUACAGCGAUUGUUUGACAAGUAUUUACCAAAGAUCCUGGAGUUCAAGAGGCAGAAUUGUAGUGAAUUAGUACAAAUACCAGAACUCAAUGGUGUGUCUUCAUUUUGUAAACUCUUUGCUUCACUAGCUACAGAGAAAAAUGGGGUUAGUCCUCAUGAUAGAGACAAUUAUGAGCGCAUGCAUGAGUUAUGGUUCUUAUUCUGCAUGAUAUGGUCUGUAUGUGCAUCAGUUGAUGAAGAUAGCAGAAAAAAGAUAGACAACUAUAUCAGAGAAAUAGAAGGCACAUUCCCUAAUAAAGAUAGUAUUUAUGAAUACUAUGUGGACGUCAAGAAUAAAACAUGGGCUCAUUGGGAAGAUAAACUCAGAGGCGGAUGGAGAUAUCAACCAACAUUACCAUUCUAUAAAAUUAUUGUGCCUACCGUGGAUACUGUACGAUAUGACUUCUUAGUAAAUGCUCUGAUACAAGCUGUCUAUCCAGUUUUACUGGUUGGUCCAGUUGGUACUGGUAAAACAUCUGUAGCACAAGCUGUGCUUGGCAAGUUAGAUGCACAGAAGUACAGUGUAUUGACUAUCAACAUGUCCGCUCAGACUUCAUCUAAUAAUGUACAAGAUAUUAUUGAAAGUAGAGUGGAGAAGAGAACCAAGGGUGUCUAUGUGCCAAUUGGUGGAAAGAAAUUAGUGACAUUUAUGGAUGAUUUCAACAUGCCUGCCAAAGAUACCUUUGGCUCUCAGCCUCCGCUUGAGUUGAUGAAACUGUGGAUGGAUUACGGAUUCUGGUAUGACAGGUUAAAACAAACUGUCAAAUAUGUGCGGGGAAUGCAAUUGGUAGCUUCAAUGGGCCCACCCGGUGGUGGUCGUAUGCAGAUCUCGCCUCGUUUACAAAGCAGAUUCAAUAUUAUCAACAUGACUUUUCCUAGUGAAUCUCAAAUCAAACGCAUAUUUGGUACAAUGAUAAAUCAGAAGCUACAAGACUUUGAGGAGGAUGUGAAACCCAUUGGUGACAUCAUGACCCAAGCCACAAUUGAGAUGUAUCAAACAAUUGUUCAGAGAUUCCUACCCACACCUGCCAAGAUUCACUAUCUCUUUAACAUGAGAGACAUUUCUCGUGUCUUUCAAGGCUUGUUGAGAUCACAGAGAGAUUAUUAUGACACCAAGCAAAGUAUGACCAGGCUUUGGAUUCAUGAAUGUUUUAGGGUAUUUUCUGAUCGUCUGGUUGGUGUUGAUGACAAUGAAUUAUUUGUCUCUAUUCUGAGUGAAAAGCUUGGCUUGCUCUUUGAUCAAACUUUUCAUAACAUCUGUCCCAAUAAACAACCACCAAUAUUUGGUAACUUCAUGUCCCCUGGAGAUGUGCCAAUAUAUGAAGAUUUGCAUAAUUUUAAAGCUCUGAAGGAAUUCAUGGAAAAUUCUUUGGAAGACUACAACACAACACCUGGUGUUAUUUCUAUGGAUCUAGUUCUAUUUAGAGAUGCCAUGGAACAUGUCACUCGCAUCGUACGUGUUAUAGGACAACCACGUGGGAACAUGUUAUUGAUUGGUAUUGGUGGUAGUGGACGUCAAAGUUUGACACGACUUGCAUCAGCCAUCUGUGAAUAUCACACAUUUCAAAUUGAAAUCACAAGACACUACAGAAAGACGGAAUUCAGAGAUGAUUUGAAACUACUAUAUUACCAAGCUGGUGUUGAAAACAAACCAUCGGUGUUUCUAUUCAAUGAUACACAAGUUGUAGAAGAAUCAUUUUUGGAAGACAUAAAUAAUAUCCUAAGUAGCGGUGAAGUGCCUAACUUGUACAAAGCUGAUGAAUUUGAAGAAGUUAGAACUGCUCUGGCAGAAGAAGCUAAAAAAAAUAACAUUCAAGACACACCAGAAGUAAUGUUUGCGUAUUUUAUUGAAAGAGUACGUACUAAUUUGCAUGUUGUACUCUGUAUGAGUCCUGUUGGAGAUCCAUUCAGAAACCGUAUUCGUAUGUAUCCAGCCUUUGUUAACUGUACAACUAUUGAUUGGUUCAGUGAAUGGCCGAAAGAUGCAUUAAUUGAAGUUGCAGAAAAAUAUCUUGAAAAUAUGGAUUUAGGCAGUCCUGAAGAAGUAAGAUCCGUGGCUUCCAUCUUUUGUACCAUACAUCGAUCUGUUGUUGAAAAUUCUUCAAGAAUGUUGCUGGAAUUAAAAAGACAUAACUACGUGACUCCAACUAAUUAUCUAGAACUGGUAUCUGGAUAUAAACAAUUAUUGGCAGAGAAGAGAAAAGAACUUGGAGAUGCUGCAAAUAAACUAAAGAAUGGAUUACAGAAGAUUGAUGAUACCCGUUCCAAAGUAGAAAGCAUGUCAGUGGAAUUGGAAGAAGCCAAGAAAAAGGUUGCUGAAUUUCAGAAACAGUGUGAAGAAUAUUUAGUUGUCAUUGUACAACAGAAACGGGAAGCUGAUGAACAACAAAAAUCUGUACAAGCCCGUAGUGAGAAAAUUGGAGAGGAAGAAGAGAAAUGUAAAGUGAUGGCCGAAGCAGCACAAGAAGAUUUAGCAGAAGCUAUGCCUGCAUUAGAAGAAGCUCUUAAGGCUUUAGAAGCUCUCAACAAGAAAGAUAUUGGAGAAAUUAAAUCCUAUGCCAAACCUCCUCCACUUGUAGAGAAAGUCUUGGAGGCUGUAAUGAUCCUAAGAGGAGGAGAACCCACAUGGCUUGAAGCUAAAAGACAGCUUGGAAAUCCUAAUUUUAUCAAAGAAUUGGUUGAAUUUGACAAAGAGGGAAUGACAGACCGUGUUUUGAGUAAGAUUGGUAAAUACUGUGCUCAGCCAGAUUUCAUGCCUGAUAUUGUUGGUCGUGUGUCCUUAGCUGCUAAGUCACUGUGUAUGUGGGUACGAGCUAUGGAAGUAUAUGGCCGUGUUUAUAGAGUUGUAGAACCAAAGAAGUUAAGACUCAAUAUGGCAUUGAAUACCUUGAAAGAAAAACAAGAUAUUCUUGCUGAUGCUAAAGCUAAACUUGAAGAAGUGACCCGAAAAAUGGAAGAUUUGAAAAGACAAUAUGAUGAGAAAUUAUCAUUGAAAGAAGAAUUAAGAAAGAAAGCAGAAGAUAUGGAAAUCAAAUUAGACCGUGCUGGUAAAUUAGUGUCUGGUCUUGCUGGUGAGAAAGAAAGAUGGGAAGUCAGUGUUGCAGAUCUUGAAGAACAGAUUGGUUUUUUGGUUGGUGAUUGUUUAAUUGGUGCUGCUUCCUUGUCCUACAUGGGACCAUUCCUUUCAAACUAUAGAGAUCAUAUGGUUAAAAAUGUUUGGUUAACUGAGGUUCGCAAACUUGGAGUUCCGUGCAACCCUGAAUUCUCCUUUGCAUAUUUCUUGUCGAAACCAACUGUUGUACGUGAUUGGAACAUUCAAGGUCUACCUACUGAUUCAUUCUCUACUGAAAAUGGUGUAAUUGUGACCAGAGGAAACAGAUGGCCUUUGAUGAUUGAUCCUCAGGGACAAGCUAUAAAGUGGAUUAAAAAUAUGGAAACAAAAAGAGGAUUAAAGAUUAUAGACUUGCAACAACAUGAUUAUCUACGUACAUUAGAAAAUGCUAUUCAGUAUGGUCUACCAGUACUCUUACAGAAUGUACAUGAAGAACUGGAUCCAUCACUCUCACCAGUUUUAAAUAAGUCAAUUAUCAAACGAGGUAAUUCUUAUGUACUACGUCUUGGAGAGAAAGAAAUUGAUUACAGUCCUGAAUUCAAGUUUUACAUUACGACAAAACUCAGCAAUCCACAUUAUACUCCAGAGAUAUCUACAAAGACUACCAUUGUUAACUUUGCGGUCAAAGAGGUCGGUUUAGAGGCCCAGUUAUUGGGUAUAGUAGUACGUAAAGAAAGACCAGAAUUAGAAGAACAAAAAGAUACCCUUGUAAUAAACAUUGCAGCAGGCAAGAAGAAAUUAGUAGAACUGGAAGACGAAAUCCUUAGAUUACUGAAUGAAGCUACUGGUUCACUCUUAGAUGAUGAACAGCUUGUAAAUACUCUACAGACUUCAAAGAGAACAUCAGAAGAAGUGGCUGAACAACUACAAGUCAGUGAACAAACUGAACUCAAAAUAGAUGCUGCUCGUGAGGGAUAUCGUCCAUGUGCUCAACGUGCCUCAAUCCUAUUCUUUGUGUUGAAUGAUAUGGGUCGUAUUGAUCCUAUGUAUCAGUUCUCACUGGAUGCUUAUAUUGAUCUGUUCAACAUGUCUAUUGACAAGAGUCAACGUAGUCCCACUCUAGAGACCAGAAUCACUAAUCUAAAUGAAUUUCACACGUAUGCUGUUUAUAGAUACACAUGUCGUGGAUUGUUUGAAAAGCACAAGUUACUGUUUUCAUUCCAAAUGUGUGCCAAGAUCUUGGAAGCUGCUGGUAAACUCAAUAUGGAUGAAUAUAACUUCUUUCUUCGAGGUGGCAUUGUGCUAGACAAAGAAGAACAAAUGGACAAUCCAUGUCCUGGAUGGUUAGUGGAUAGUGCUUGGGAUAAUAUCACUGAAUUGGACAAACUAGCUAAUUUCCAUGGUUUGGCUGCCUCAUUUGAACAGUAUCCAAGAGACUGGAACAUCUGGUAUACAAGUCCUGAGCCUGAAGUUGCUCAACUUCCAGGUGAAUGGGAUAAUGCAUGUAAUGAACUACAGAGAAUGUUGAUAGUACGAUCCAUCAGAGCUGACAGAGUAUCCUUCUGUGUCAAUGCUUUCAUUGUAAACAACUUGGGUUCCAAGUUUGUGGAACCUCCGGUGUUAGAAAUGAAACAAGUUGUAGAGGAUUCAACUACCAAGACUCCACUCAUAUUUGUACUCUCCACUGGUGUGGAUCCAACUAGUUCAUUGUUACAACUUGCUGAAUCUACUGGUAUGGCACAUCGCUUUCAUGCCUUAUCACUUGGUCAAGGGCCUCCUAUUGCUACUAGAAUGAUC